AUUGAGGACUACGUCAUUACGGUCCCAAACAAAGAACAACCCUUUCUAGCAAGUAAACCCAAGUUCCCUUCUCUCUUCACGGUUACAUUGCUCUCUCUCUCUCUCUCUCUCUCUCUCUCUCUUCACGUUCGAUCUUUCGCUUCUGAAUCUCCAACGAUGGUGCUCGAGGCGACUAUGAUCUGUAUUGACAAUUCGGAAUGGAUGCGUAACGGGGAUUACUCUCCUUCUCGAUUUCAAGCCCAAACAGACGCCGUCAAUCUUAUUUGCGGUGCUAAAACCCAGUCUAAUCCAGAAAAUACGGUGGGAGUUCUCACGAUGGCGGGGAAGGGCGUUCGUGUUUUGGUGACCCCUACCAGUGAUCUGGGCAAGAUCUUAGCUUGCAUGCAUGGACUAGAAAUAGGCGGUGAGAUGAAUCUAGCUGCUGGCAUUCAGGUUGCACAAUUGGCUCUUAAGCAUCGGCAGAACAAGAAGCAGCAGCAAAGGAUUAUUGUCUUUGCUGGAGGUCCUGUUAAGCAUGAGAAGAAAAUGUUGGAGAUGAUUGGGAGAAAAUUGAAAAAGAAUAGUGUAGCUCUUGACAUUGUCAAUUUUGGUGAAGAAGAUGAGGGGAAGACAGAGAAGUUGGAGGCACUCCUUUCAGCUGUUAACAAUAAUGAUACCAGCCACAUUGUUCAUGUUCCAUCUGGUCCAAACGCUCUUUCUGAUGUACUAAUAAGUACUCCUAUUUUUACUGGUGAUGGAGAAGGUGGAAGUGGUUUUGCAGCAGCUGCUGCUGCAGCAGCAGCAGGCGGUGUAUCUGGAUUUGAGUUUGGUGUUGAUCCAAACUUGGACCCUGAACUGGCUCUUGCUCUAAGAGUUUCAAUGGAAGAAGAGAGAGCCAGACAAGAAGCAGCUGCCAAAAAGGCAUCAGAGGAUGCUUCCAAACAGGAGAAAGAUGGUGAGCAGCAAGCUAGCCCACAGGAUACAACAAUGACUGAGGGUGCCAGUGCAGCAGCUUCUGAAGCCGAGACUAAGAGAACUGAUUUGACGGACGAUGAGAAUGCUCUUCUACAGCAGGCCCUUGCAAUGUCAAUGGAUGAUCCCACAAUUAACCAUGAAGUGAGAGAUACAGAUAUGUCUGAAGCAGCUGCUGAAGAUCCCGAGUUGGCUCUAGCUCUCCAAUUGUCAGUAGAAGACAGCUCAAAGGACUCGGCAAGCCAGUCUGACGUGAGUAAACUGUUGGCAGAUCAGUCCUUUGUAUCUUCUAUCCUUGCAUCGCUUCCUGGGGUUGACCCAAAUGACCCAUCUGUCAAAGAUUUGCUGGCUUCCAUGCAAAAUCAGUCUGAGCCACAGCAGAAGAAUGAAGACAAGCCACCAAAUGAAGAGGAGAAAAAAUAAUCUUAAUAGUCUCAUUGUGGUUUUAUUUGUAGUAUUCCUUUGGUAGGCAUAUUGGUAGCAUGUUGGAAAGUGAUUUUACUCGGGUAGUUAUUUCACGUGUUCCAAUUGUUGAGUUCCCCUGCUGAUUGGAACGAGUAUAUGUCUGUUGAUUAAUUACGGAUCAUUGAGUAGAGCACAUUUCAAAAGCCUAUUGUCUAUGUUCAUCAUCAAGGGAAUACAUGGUUUUAUGGUUAAGAAUACUCCAUCCUUAAAAAUGUUCAUCAAUCUCGUCACAAAUUUAAUAUGAAUCCUUUCCUUUUUUA